UGAAAGUUAAAAUGGCAGUCGCUUGGGCCAAACGAAAUUUAGAGUAAUUUCGCUAAUUUCCCGCUACAGGCAAACACUGCAGUGGCAAGAUAGUUCAUCCGACAAGAACAAAGCACAAACAAUGGCAACAACAGAUGUAGCAUCUGGAACACAUGAUUCUUUGCCUGACACCAUGGUUGAAGAAACUGAAGUGGCAGCCAUUGAGACAUUGGCAAGAACUGCAGCAGAGAGAAUACAAGAAGAGGAGGCAGAGGCACUAUUGAAUACUGCAGCAGAAAUGAGAAGGAUAUCAGAAGUUGAAUUUGGAGAAAUAACUCAGCAGAAUUCUGGUGUCCAGAAAAGAGAGAUGUCCAGUGUAGCAGUCCAGGCAAAUGACUAUGAAAUAGAGAGAAGAUCUGGCAAAGUGCCCUCUAGGAGACGGCUGGUCCCAGCAAAGUUUAGGGACUAUAGGAACACAGAAAACCCAGAUGAAGAUGAUGAAGAAGAUGAAGACUACACACCAGAAAGAGAAAGGAUAUUAGUGAAAAGUGGAAAAAGAGGAAGACCAAGAAAGCAUCCUAUUUUCACUGUAGAAAAUGGAGAAUCUGCAGAAGGAGAACUAAAUGUGACCCAGAACCCUUCAAAGAGACCAAGAGGACGGCCAAGGGGUAGUACCCAAUCCUCUAAUGUAAAUCAACCAUUUGAAUGUGAAACCUGUGGAAAAAGGUUCAGUCAGAAAGGUAAUCUCAAUACGCACAAAAAUACUCACACUGGUCUACGUCUCUUCGUAUGUCAAGUUGAAGGCUGUGGAAAGUCCUAUGUAAAUAAAGAGGGACUUAGAAUGCAUUCUAUGAUGAUACAUCUUGGUAUCAGCCCCUUUAAAUGUACAGUAUGUGAAAGGAUGUUCAGCAGUAACACUGCACUCCAAGAGCACACUCGACUACACAAAGGAAUUAAACCUCUCAAAUGUGAAAUCUGUAACCGAUCAUUUCGUCAAGUUAGCUGUUUAAGAAGGCACCUAGUCACUCAUUCAUCAGAAACUCCAUAUUCUUGUGAAAUAUGUGGAAAGAAAUUUUCACAGCCACAGUAUGUGCGCUCUCACAAGAAAGUUCACACAGGUGAGAAGCCCUUUAUAUGUGAGACAUGUGGCCGUGGAUUUGCACACAAGUCUGAUCUCACAAGGCACAACAUUAUUCAUACUGGAGAAAAGCCUUAUGCAUGUGAGGAAUGUGGAGCAAGGUUUAGUGACUCCUCCAGCAGACGUAGGCAUGUGAAAGAGCACACUGGAUCUAAACCUUACAAGUGUCACCUCUGUUCAGAGCUGUUUAAACGAGCUGGCCAGCUGAAGGCCCAUCUGAGUCGCAAGCAUGCUGCAGAGAAACCUCUCAAGAUAACACGUGGCCCUAACAACUCGCUACAGCUCACAUUCCCAGACUCUAACAGAACAGCCACAGGAUUAGGAGAAGUGAUAGCAUUAGUGGACUCCAGAUCUUUAGACCAUCAGCGAAAAAUUGUGCGUCAUUUGCAAGGGCCUGGGACGGCUGCCAGUGUUGGACAUGUGACCAGUGAGACUACAUCUGACGAGUUCCCUGGUCAAGUUGUGCAGUUUGUAGAUGGCACCACUGUACAGUUAUCAAACACAGAGAGCAGCAGUGGGCAGGUUAUUCAGGCCGAACAGGCAGACAGCCAACACCAGCAUGCUGUUGACUUCAUAGAUAUUGUGAAAACUUUAGCUGAACAGGUCAACCACACAGGACCUCAGGAAUUUUUGUUAAUCCAGAGUGAAGAUGGGACUCCAAUGUUAGUCAGAGGAAUGGAGUCUGCUGAGACAGAAAAUGUGAUAUCUUCUGAGGGCACGUCAUCAGAAAAACAGGAUAGAGAGCCAGAAUUGAAAGAGGCCAAUGUAGGAGGGGGAGACCCUGAAGCUUCUAUUAACACCAGCACAGUGGAGACACCUAUUGAAGAGCCAGAACAUCAGGAGCAGAUUGAACAACAGUCUGAUCCUAACCAAGACCAACAGGUAGCAGGGGAAAUAAAGCAACAAACCAGUGUGGUUGAUGAGAAUAAUGUGGAGGAAGGAAGUGAACAGAAUACUUGUCAAGAGCAGCUCCAGCAGCAAGAGCCAGAACAAUCAGAAGCAGCAACUUCUACAGUAGAUUUUGUAAAUAAUCCCAAUUUUGAUAGUCAGGAAUAUUACAACUGGCUUGCUAACUUCACAGAGCUGUGUAAGCUUGUGCCAAUGCCUUUAGAUGUGGACAUGUUUCAGAAAAUCAGCCAGGUUCAAAAGACUAUAUCUGAUGUACUGGCUAUGCCUACAGGGGUCCUCAGUCAGAAAGAGAACUUUCGCAUUCUUAUGAACAUUUCUAAGGAUUUGAAUAGUAUUGUCAAUGAACAUCUUGGUUUCAUUUUGUCUAAUCUCAAUGAAAAUGAAGGACAAUGAAUUUAAUGAAAAAGAAAGAGUUGGCACUUGCCUCCUUUUGUUUCAAAUCAAAUGGAUCAGUUGAAAUAAUGAGGCUCUUAAUGGCAUUGAAUCAAAAGCUUCCCAGUAUUGUCCCAGACAUGCUGAAAACUAUUCAGAAUGGCCGGACAUUUGGACGGGCAGUAAUGAAAAAUUGCCGGACCGAAUG